CAAAAUGUAAUAAUUAAUAUUUCCUGAUAGCUUUUUCCAUCUCCUUUGAACUUCAACAUUAGGCAAGGCAUCUAAUCCGAAUGAGUGAAUGAAUAUCUUCAGCAAAAGAUGACAGCUUCCCUCUCUCUCUGCUGCCAGAAACCUAGAAGACACCAACGAGAAAAGAAAAGAAGUCAACAACAAGUGGUACGUUAGAACUUAGAAUCAGUCAUGUUCAAGUCUGCAAAAUGGAGAAAGGAGAAGAAGAUCAGAGCUGUAUUCCAAAUGCAGUUUCAAGCAACACAGGUGCCUCAACUAAAAGGAAAAGGCCUCAUACUAUCACUUGUUCCAGCAGACGCUGGAAAGCCGACUUUAAAAUUGGGAAAAGCUGCAAUAGUUGAAGGAUGCUGCUCCUGGGAUACUCCUAUAUGCGAAACCAUGAAAUUUGAGAGAAAUUCUCAAUCAGGAAAUUUUCAAGAAAAGAUAUACUAUUUCGUUGUAGGGACGAAAUCAUCAAAAUCAGGUUUUUUGGGAGAGGUGGGAAUGGAUUUUGCGGAAUUGGCAGAGAUAACUGAGCCAGUAAUACUAUCUCUACCUCUUAUGCCAGCAGACUCGGGCAUAGUUUUACAUGUGACAGUACAGAAGAUGCAAGGGAUGUCUGAUCAAAGGAGCAGGGAUGAAAGUGAUGUUUCAAGAACUGAUUCGUAUGAUCAAAAGAGAAUUGAAACAGAGCUGGAAUGUGCAAACUCCGCCCAAGGUGAGGAAUGCAACACAACAUCUCCAUAUUCUGAGAGAAAUGGCGGCCUUAGACAUCUUCAACAUGAUGAUAGUGAAGUGAAGCAAGACCCUAGUAGUUUUGGGCAUGAGGACUUCAGGCCGGAGAAGCCUGCUUUUGGGAUCAAUUCCCUGAAAAGAUAUUCCCAUCAAAGAUCCUCCACAGACUGCUCCCUGGGCUCAACCUCAGAUGGAAGUAUAAUAGAUGCAAUAAACAGACCCAAGGAGGAAAUCCCAAGGGAUAUGGUGUUGCAAGAAACUGACACAAACAGCAUUUUGAGGUUACAAAAUCAAAUCAAACUGUUGGAAAGGCAGGCAGAAGUUUCUGAAAUAGAGCUGCAAUCCCUGAGGAGGCAAGUUGUAAAAGAAAGCAAAAGGGGACAGGAUUUAGUGCAACAAAUUUUUGACCUCCAAGAGGAGAGAGAUGCACUUAAAACAGAAUGUGAUCAACUUAAGUUAAAAAUUACAGGGCGGGAUGUGGAAGUCUCAAAAAUACGGCAAAGUGAAAUUGAAGAGUGGGCUGCACAGUUAGAGGGGUUCAGGCAAGAGCUUGCUCACGAGAAGCAAUUAAAAAGCAAAUUGGAGCUACAACUGCAAAAGACAGAAGACUCGUACUCUGAACUUAUUCUUAGAGUAAGGGACAUGGACGAGACUUUGGCCAAGAAAAACAAGGAGAUAUCUUCACUUUCCAGUAAAGUAGAAUCUAACAAAAAUUACAACUUCAGAAGUGAUCAGAAUGAAGAGAAAAACAGAAAUGUGUUUGAGAAGGGCAAUGAAUCAGAAGAAAUGAGGCAAAUAAUAGGAAAGCAGGCCAAGAAAAUUGAGGUUUACGAGAAAGAAAUUGAACAGCUAAUUGUACAGAAGGAUCAUCUUGUGAGUGACUGUGAAGUUCUGAAAGAUGAAAAAGAGGAUGCUUAUUCUGAGCUUGAGCAGAGUGAGUUACAAAGAGAGAAAUUGCAAAAAGAAUAUUUUGAAGCAUUGGCCAGCAUAAAGCAGUUGCAGGCCCAUGUACAGGAGUUGGAGAGUGAAAUGCAAAGACAAGCAAGAAAUUACUUGGAAUCAUUGGACACAAUAAGCAUGCUAGAAUCUGAAGUCAUGAGCCUUGAGAAGGAGUUGAAAAAACAGGCAGAAGAAUUUGAGAAUGAUCUGGAAGCAGCAAAUCAAGCCAAAGUUGUGCAGGAACAAAAGGUUGUAAAUGCCGAGGACACAUUGAAGAGAACAAUGUCAAACCACGCAAGUGCAACUGAGCAGCUUCAGGAAGAAAUCAGAAGGCUUUCUGUUGAGAUGGCAUCUCAUGUUAAUGAGAAGGAGAAACUAGCUAUUAAAGCAGAAGCUGAUGUCAAGGCUCUGCUACAGCAGAAUAAAGCUCUUGAGGACUCACUGCAUGAAGCUGAAAAAGAACUAAAAUUAACAUCCGAUUGCUACACCAAAGAGUUGAAUCAAUUAUCAAUUCAUAAUAAUCAGAUGUUAUUGGAGAAGUCAAACAGAAUGCAGACUCUAUUGGAUGAAAAGAAGAAAAGUGAAGAAGAUUUACAAUCUGAAAUUAAAAAACUGCAAGAUUUACAAUCUGAAUUGGCUCAUGGGUCUGAAAAGUUGAAGCUAGAGAAUGCCAACCUUAAGAAGCAGGUAUCCGAAUUACAGAGUCAUCUAUGUACGAGAGGACAGGAGAGCAGACCUUCAAAUGCAGCUACUGGUGAAGCAAGAAAAGGUACUGGAGAAUGUUCCCAUUGUGGGGCUAUGAGGUCUCCAGAAGACUCAUCAGCGGAAAAUGGAAUCAACAAAAAAACACAACAAAGCAGUAAAAAGAUUGAUGCGAAAAUGACGAAGGUCAAGAAUGGGCAUGCUGACGGUACAAAUGAUCUAGCUGACUUACUUACAGAAGUAGUAUUACUGAGAGAAAAGAACAAGCAUAUGGAAGGUGAGCUUAAGGAAAUGGAAGAGAGAUAUUCGGAAAUCAGUCUAAAAUUUGCGGAGGUAGAAGGUGAAAGGCAGCAACUUGUCAUGGCUGUCCGCAAUUUGAAGAAUGGAAAGAAGAGCUAG